UUUUUUUUCUUUUCUUAAAUCUCCAUGAAAUGAACGUUACGUCGCAAGGAGUCGCAGGAUAACACAUUACUGUCAUUAGCACAAUAGCAGCAGACAACUUCACGCAUAGAAUUUAGUUCAGUUGCUUGAAAAUUGUGGAGCUGUGCUGUAGCGUUCAUUCACAUACUGUUCUUUCCAUAGUUCACUAAGGUAACGCACUAGAGCAGAAAGAACAGUCCAAGUGCAACAUUUCUCGGUAAUAUUUGAGCGUUUUAACACUUUGGUUUGAGUUGACAGCGUGACGGUAUUUCACUUAAAUGACAACUGUGACCGAAUUAUCUAUCGAUGUAAAGGACAGAGAAUUGUACGAGUGGAACUUUGAAAAAGAAAAAGUUGAUGGUUCCAACUCGUUAGGCUCAGCGAUACAUGUCAGUGGACAUACAUUGGAUAGUCUGGCUAGUCAUAUUAAUCGGACUACAAGUAUGGAUGAAGGUGAUGACCAAGAGUCUCCGGAAAACUAUUCUCCUCUAGACAUGGGUAACUUGAAAUUUCUUUUAGAGUGCUUUUUCCUUUCAUUCGGACCAGAGUUUCCACAACUGGGUAGGAACCAUCCGAGAUCGAACCCAGAGUAUUUCGAAACCUCAUUUUCUGGGGAAUUUGAAUCCGAGAUAUCCAGUUCCAGCAGUCGAUCUUCUCAAAUAUCCGUAGAUCUUGAUCCUGUGUUUUUCAGACAACCUGGCGUUUUCGCCCCUCGCCAUGGAACACAUACCCAAAUAGUAAAUGACGAUGAUGUAGCUAUGGAGACACUGGUGCCGUUUGGCGACAAUGUUCUUUUAAGAGAAUUGUCAGAAAUGCGUGUGAUUCUUGAAAGAAUUCUAGACACCCGGGAACAAUGGAAUAACGACCAUGAAAUUUUGGAUAUUCUUGAAUUCUUGGAAAGUCAUUCUUCUCACAGUGACCCAACGGCUCAUUUUCCAGUGGGAGAAUUGGAUUGUGUGGAGUGUGGGAUCUGCCUGGAAGUUCACUGGUUAUAUCGCCGACCGUGCUGUAAUUACUCAGCAUGUAACAAUUGUCUUCAUCUGUACUUUACCACUAAGGUGGAAGAGGGGUUUGUCAAGAUUCAGUGUUGUAACUACUCGUGCUAUAACUUUGUUCAUAGAGACGAGAUCUCCGCCCGCUUGACUUCGUCCACCAAAGAAAUUUUCAACAAGCUUUUGGUGCGAGCUAAUGAAGACGACUAUACAAAAACCUGCCCUCGUUGUAGCCACGUAAUGAAGUUGAAUUCCAGUGAACAGAGGAAACUUUGGGCUAAUGUACGCAAGGUGAAAUGUCCAGAGUGUCAAUUAGAUUGGUGUUUUAGCUGCCAUGCCCCAUGGCACGUUGACUUAACAUGUAAAGAAUACAUGAAAGGAGAUCGACUUGUUAAAUCGUGGGCUAGAAAAACUACUCAUGGUCAAUUCAACGCCCAGCGUUGCCCAAAAUGUAAGAUCUAUAUCCAGAGGUCAAGUGGGUGUGAUCAUAUGCACUGUAGUCGUUGUAAAACAGAUUUUUGCUAUAGAUGUGGUGAGCGUUUCCGAGGACUCAAAUUUUUUGGAGAUCACUAUAGCAAACUGAGUGUAUUUGGCUGUAAAUACCGAUACAAGUUGGACAAACCUGUGGAAAGAAAGCUAGUGCGUGGUGCUAUUUUUGGUGGAAAGUUAAUGGUGGCUCCUGUUUUAGGAUCUUUUGCACUAUGUGCAGGUGCAAUGGCGGUAAGUGUAGGUGUGUUUGCUCUUCCGUUCUACAGUGGAGUAAAACUAUAUCAGCAUUACCAGGCUAAGAAAAGACUGACCAUCACAGGUACUCAGCACCAGUCCUCCGUAGGCCAGGGUCAUAUUGCAUGGGAACUAGAUGGUGUAUAAUGGUCAGAUGUAUCAGCUGAAAGUGAGGAAUUUUCAUUUGAUCAUCUUGAUCAGCCUAACAUGAAGACAAGUUUGAAACUGUUCUGUGAGGAUACCAUGUUUUCUUUGCUAAAGAGGAAGUUUUGAUACUUGAUGAAUUAAUUCUCUUAGUCAUCUGUAUUGGUUCCUAAUCCAGUUAACAUAGUCCAGCUAUCCAUGUUCACUUUUUUUAUUGAAAUAUACUGAUGUCGUGAACUAUAUAUGUAUACUGUUAAGUUCAGUUGUUUAUUAAUAUAUAUUCCUUAAAUAUCCAGUAUACCUGAUACCUAACUUUACUUUUAAGAUGAGCUACAGCUACUGAAUUUUGUAUCACUAAUGCGAUGAGAUAACAUUUAUUGGAGAUAUUUUAAUUUAAGUUAUCUGUAUCAGAUGAAGAUCAAAUUCUGUAUGUAAUUGUUGAGGCUUUUUUAUUUCUUGUUUUCAUUUGUAACUUGAUGUUUUUGUAAAGUUUUAGAAAUACAUUAUGGUUGGUAAAUGUAUUACCAUUGACUUCUGUUUAAAAGAAAUAUGGAGUUGUACUGUUAACUGACUCUUUGAAAAGUCUGUGUACUUUGUAUCCUACCAGCUCAUAAAAAAUUUGUUAUCCUGUCUUUGAGAUUUGUACACUUUGAGUUGUACAGUCAUUCACAGGAAGCUCAUAAUCUUGGCUUGAAGUUUAUAUUGUACAAUCACUUACAGGAAAUCUGUAAUCUUGGUGUGAAGUUUGUAUAUGUUGAGUUGUACAAUCAUUUACAGGAACCCAUAAUCCUGGUGAGAAGUUUGAAUAUGUUGAGAUGUGUAGUCUUUUAUAGGAAGUCUGUAAUCUUGGUGUGAAAUCUGUACACCUGGCUCUGUACAAGCAUUCACAGGAAAUUCAUAAUCUUGGUGUGAAUUUUGUACAUUUUGAGUUGUACAAUCUUUCACAGGAAGUUUGUAAUCUUGUACAUCUUGAGUUGCACAAUCAUUCACAAGAAGUCCAUAAUUUUGGCAGGAAGUUUGUACAUUUUGAAAUGUACAGUCAUUUACGUGUACAUGAAUUCCUUGUGUAUUGACAUACAUUAUGCUAAUACAAGAGUAAAUUGACCAACAAUGAGUGAUCUAUAGACGUAAGGAAGUUUUUUAUGUAGAGAAAAUCCUGUAUGUUUCAACAGAAUGUUGGAUUGUCUUUUUCAGGUAUGCAUACAGAGUUUAUAUACAAAAUUAAUAUAUAUAUAUAUAUAUAAAGAAAAAAGAUGCAAGAGUUUAUAAUAUGCAAGAGUAUUGUCACAUAACAGUGAAAUUUACAACAGGUGUAUGACUUAAGUAAAGCUCAGGGCUGGUCGAGUAUGGGAAUGAAAGCUAAAUAUAUAAAGUCAGCCAAGUUUUGUUGAUGCUACUAGAGUCAUCGUUAUACUUUAGGGAAAAUCACCUGCUUAAGUAAUUUCCAUUCUUUCUAAACAAUUUAUUUUUUGGUUGGUGUAGGAGAACAAUUUUAUCCCAAAGUAUGUUAUGAUUUUAUUGGAAUUGAUAACUUAUUAAGGGAGAUUUCUCAAAUUUAUAUCUGUGUGUGUGUGUGUGUGUGUGUGUGUCCUUGGUGUGUCUGAUUUUCAAGGAACCAGAUAUAUUUAUCCUUACCACAUUCACUGUAUACACGUUGCUUUUCUCCCUUAGGUAGAGUUUGUUUCAAGUCAGGUAAUAAGGUACUUAUCUUAUGUGAAGGCUUAAAUACAGUAUUUCAGUUACUGGUAAAAUCAGUAAAAAUUUCUGGCAUAAAAGGAAAUGAAACAAAGUUCUGUUUUUUGUUAUUCAUAAGGAAAUAACUGGAAUUAGCAUAAAAAAGUUUUAUGGUUUUGAAGUUUAGUAAAAGCUCUAUCUAUGAAAUUAAGGUUAAACCAUCUAGAUAGAACUACAAUAUUGUAGUAGUUCAGUACAGUUUGUUGGUACAAAACUGUAUAGCAUGGUUUACAUUGGUAAAGUAGGAGGUAAUUAGAUCUUGUGUGAAGGGGGGUAUGUUUCUUUUUGUAUACACUGAUGUUCACUUUAUUUUUCUUUAUGUUAAAAUCUAAGAAGGACAGACAACUGUCAGAUUCUAUUUCAUAAGUGAAAAUUAUGACUUUUGGGUCCUGUUGUUUAAAAAUUGUAUAAUGUUAAGUAGAUUGUCUUUCCCAUGUCACAUACACUAAAAAUAUUGUCAGUGUAUGUGUGAAUUUAUUCUCAUAGUGUUCUUCUAGAAUCGACAUGUAAAGGUCAUUAAGUAGAAGGGAAUAUCCCAUAGCUAGGCCACUGUUUUGUUUAUAGAACUAACCAUUGUAGGUAAAAUAAGUGUCGUUAACACGGUAUUAUGUUAGGUUGAUUAAGUGGUCGAUAUCAUUAGAAACUGUUUUGUUCUAGCUUAGUUCUUAAAGUAAAACUUGUUCAACAGGUAUUGAAGUAAAGAAAGAUUUUGUCAAAAGCCACUAAAAUAUCUUCUUGAUCUCAUUCAAAGUUUUUGAUUCUAUCCACAAAGUUUAUACUAUACAUUUAUGUAUAUUAUAAACUGUUUUGUCUUUUGAAUUUAUAUAUAUUGUAUGCUUGGUUGUAUAUCAUACUUGAAGAAAACAGAAAAAAGAUGUUGUAUGUCAAUAUUUAAAGUUUUUCUAUAUUUUUAAAUCAUUGUUGGUCAUUUUACUAUUACAUGAAAUCUAUAAUUUUGACUUGAAGUUUGUGUUCUUUGAGUUGUGCAAUAAUUCACAGGAACUCCAUAAUCUUGGUGUGGAACUUGUACGCUUUGAAUUGCACAAUCAUUCAUAAUCUUAUCUCAAAGUUUGUAUAUCUUGGAUCGUAGACUUUACAGAAAUUUCAUAAUCUCUUGCUUUGAAAUCUGUAUACUUUAGAUCUUGUCAGACUUUCAAGAAAAUUUAUAUUCUUGUCUUUAUUAUCUGCUUACCUUUGGUCUUACCAGACUUCAAAGUUUGUGACCUGACUUUAAAGUUUGUAUACUGCGGGUCCUUCUAAUGUUUAUAAUGUUGGUGUUAAAUUAUAAAGUUUAUAUUGGAGGUCAGAUAGUGGAAAGUUAAUUGUUGUAUAGAAAUUGAAGCAUUACUAUGAACUAAGUUUGUUACAAAAGUAGAAUUGUUAAAUGAGUAAAUGAGAAACUACAGACUUUAAAAAGGAGAAUUCUUGCUAUGUUUAAAUACUGUAAAAAAGAUAAAGAAUUAUUGAGUUAUGAUUAUUGUCUGAAAGAUAAGUUACAAGUAUGAAAUGAACAUACCUAUUUAUGUAUUUUGUAUUGAAUUUUCCUACAUUUUCAAAAAUGUGGUUUGUGAGUUAACUGCUUUAAAUGUUUAAUAGUGGCUAAAGCUUACCAAAGUAUACUUUUACUGUUUUAAAUGUUCUUAAUGUACACUUUUUGAUGAGAAUACUUGUGUACAUACUUCAGUAACAAAACAUACUUUUCUUUGAGUAUUGAUUGUUUGUGAGAUUAUCAUUUAAUAUGUCACACAAAACAGGAAUUAUUGUAGACUUUUUCUUUAGCCUUUAUCAUGUGUUAUAUUUGUAAUUAUUCUAUCUCUAAGCUAAUGUUUUGUAUAGUAUCUAGUCUGGUACAACUUUAGCAAGUUUCAUUGUGAAAAAAUAAAUGUAAAUAUAAUGGCAAAAUCGGUUGAAGAAUUUUAGUUUUCCUUGAUAAAUUAUUGCCUUCAUAGAGCCAGCAGUAUAUAAAAAGAAAAAAAAAGUUUACACGUGUAAAUUACAAAACAAAUUGCUCUGAUUUUAAGUUUUGUUGAGCCUACACAUAAGAUUAUUAUAUAAUAAACAAUGCUUAGGUGUAGAAUUUUUAGACUUAGGAAAAUCUAGAUUUUUUAUUUUGUUUUGGUUGAAUUUAUGAAGAGUUUCUAGUCAGCUGAAUGAAGUAACAUACACACUGAUAUGUAGUGGUAACAUAAGUUGAAAGCUGAGUAAUAAGAUAAUAUUUAAAUACAGUUUGAAGUGUUUCUCUUUGAGACUUUUUAAUCUCUUGGUGCAGAUAUUAAACAGAUUAAUAUUGGAAUAAAAAGCCUUUUGAGACUAUACAUUUUUAAUAACUAUAUUUCUAAUAUAAAUUUACUUGAUAUUUUAUUAAUUUUUUGUUGGUUAGGUUCUUGCCUGUAUAACAAAGUGUUUAAAUUGACUUGUAAGAUACAUUUUUACAUUAAUGUUUUAAAUUUUUCAUGGAAAGAAUUAAAAAUUACAUGUUUAAGAAAAUUUAUAAAUUAUGAAGUAAGAUGAUGCAGGAACAAAAUUUAAUAUACUUCAUCUAUGAUGACACUGGCUAUUGUAAAUUAAAUAGAAUGUUUAGAAGGGGUGGGGUAAUAUAUAGUUUCUGGAGAUUUAAUUCAGUAACUGGUAUUCAUAGUCUUUAUUAUUGUAUGUCAUUCAAUGUUAUAUUGUCUUCCUAUCCAGUGGCAUAACUACAAAAGUUGGGCUCCCCAACUUUUAGUUCCUUAUAAUUGUAGUUACUGGCUUAUUGAUAUCAUUAACUUAAUUGAAGAUUUAACCAAACUUAAAAUUGCAUCUAGUGUUAAUUUUCGAAUUACACAAGUAUCAGAUUUCAGGCCAGUUAGUUCAUGCAUUGGUGAAAGAGAAGUACGUAGUAGUAUACAUGGUGUAACUAUACUUAUAUUUCCAUCAUGACUGUAUGGACCAUUAACCAAGACAGUCAGUGUAUGGACUCAGUCUGCUGUCCUUUCUCUAAAUGUUUUUACUAUGCCAGAAUAGUUCAGGUGCUCUUUAGUUCAAAUGAAAUUGUAUGUUUCUCCUUGUUGACAAUUCUUAAGUUUGUCAGGCCCUUUGGAUCAUCUUUUUGCUCCCCCCCUCCUGCAAUUGCAGGAGCUGUGAAGGCAUACUUAUACCACUGUUCGUAUUCUUCUACAUUAAUAUA